AUGGAAAGAGUUGGCUUGUUAACCAUGGGCGAUUAUGGGAUUCGCCAUGAUGAUAUCAAGUAUUUCAAGAUGGAUUCGAUCAUUCGUGGACGUGGACCCGAUCGUCUCAAAUAUCUCGAUUUGGAAGGUCGCUGGGUGCUCUCGGGUCGUAAAUCGAUUCCGUUCAUUUCUCAGGCAUUCCGUCAUCUCGAGAAUCUCAACGAUGCAACUCUUCCAUUCCGGGAUAUCAAGGAAGAGCCAUUGAAUGCGAUUGGAAUGAUUGGAUGGACACGAUCAUCUGUGGAACCAGUUGAACAACCAAAAGUAGAGAAGAAAUUGCCGCGUUUCGAGAAGCCGCCAGUGUUUGUAGCUGAAGAAAUCCCGCCAUCGCCUCGUGAACCACUUCCUCAUAGAUCAUACGGAUACGGGCCAGCUCACGAGAAGAGACGUCUUUCUGUCUCUUCUGCCCGUUCUCGUUCAGCUUCUCCUCGUCCCGAGAGUCCCUAUCCCGAAUACGAUAAAUACGCGAAAUAUCAAAGAAAGGAUUCAAUUUCUUCUCUUGGUGGAGGUCGCCCGAUUGAAGAGGGCUACCAUUCGGGAGCCCCAUCACCUCAACCGUACACUGAAGAAGAGGGCUGGCUUCCCCCGCAUCGUACUCAAGGUCUCAGUCCCCGUCCCACCUCAAGAACUCGUAAAUAUUACGAUAACGAGUACGAUCCAACCUACAUUCAAAAAGCCAACAAAAAGAACGACGGACUAUCAGUGAACACGAAAAUUUCCGGGCAAGUUGGACAUAAAUAUCGACCGACGAGCAGUCUCGAUAGUAUGGGAAGUAGUGGAUCCGAGCAAAACUCGCCAACAGACGGUGGUCAUGGAUUGGCGAAAGGACGAGAUGAAGUUGUGAUGAUACAAUAUGAAAUGAGAGCACAGGGGCAACGACCACAACGAAUGACAACACAUCGUGCACAC